CAUUAUCUCGUAGAUAAAUAAAAACAAACAGUCAUAAUCAUUUACCGGCAACUUUUUGAACAUUCGAUCGUUUUGUAUUAAGUCAACCGUUAUAUUUUGUUCAAAAGUAACGUUGUGAGUGUCUUUUUUUUCAUAUGCAAAUUCUCCUUGCAAGCACGAAUAUUGUUUCAACUAGUAUGUGUAGAUAAUGUAUUAGUUUAUAUCAUAUUAGUAUUAGCCCGUGAAAGUAAAACUUUUGAAAUGAAACUAAAGGGUCUUCGACUUGAUCCAACGUCGUGUAGAUCCAAAAUUUGGCGCCUGGCUGCUUAUAGCCGUUUAUCUGUAUUGAUUUUGCAGUAUCUUUUCGAUAUUCUUAUUCCCGAUCACCAAGCUCAUGAUGUAUUCAUAUCGCCGAGUUUUCAAGAUGAAGAUACUUCCAGUGUUGGCCGUACCGUUACCUUUAUGUUCGGCGCAAGUCUUCGAUGGGAUGCACAAUAUUUUCUUCAUAUAUUUCGAUAUGGUUACACAUAUGAAAACACAUUAGCUUUUUUCCCUCUGUAUCCUUAUACCUUACGGCUGUUGACUGCUAUUAUUCCUGGCCAUUUAAAUACUUUAUUCCUUGUAGCAGCAAUACUUUUCAAUAAUAUUAUUUUUGUUCUAACUGCAUUGGUUUUAUUCAACUUAACUUUGCGCAUUUACAACAAUACACAAUUUGCUUAUAAUUCAGCUGUACUGUUUUGUUUCAAUCCAGCAAGCAUCUUUUUUUCAGCUCCAUAUUCAGAAUCAUUGUUUGCUUUUACAACGUUUUAUGGAAUGUAUCUUAUAUCAAAUGAGAAUAUUUGGAGAUCAUCAUUAUUUUUUGGUCUUUCUGCUUUGAAUAGAUCCAACGGACUACUUAAUGCUGGUUUUCUCAUAUACUUUAUUAUACAAUCAAUAGUAAAAAAAAAAAAAUUAUUCAAAUGUUUUUUAGGCAUAUGUUUCAUUUUUGCCUGUUUUAGUUCAUUUCAAAUAUAUGGAUAUUAUAAAUUCUGUAUACCGCAAGCACACUCAUUAGAUCCAAAAGUCGUCAACUAUGCUACUACUAACAAACUUAUUAUACCAAAUAAUCAUAGUCUACCACCAUGGUGUGGUGUGCGUAUACCAUACACUUACAUUCAAGAAAAGUAUUGGAAAAAUAUUGGAUUUUUAAAUUACUUCCAAGUCAAACAGGUCCCUAAUUUUCUAUUGGCUUUUCCUUGUAUUUUACUAUUAUUAACAUUUGGAUUAAAAUAUUUUUACAAAAAUAAUUUUAUUUAUUUGGGCCUUAGAAGCAGAGAUAAACCAGAUUUUGUGUAUAUAGUUCAUUCAACAUUAUUGACAUUAUUUUGCUUGUUUUGUAUUCAUGUUCAAGUGACUACUAGAAUGAUGGCAUCUUCAAGUCCAGUAUUAUACUGGGCUUGUGCAUCAUAUUUUAAAUUUCCACUGAAAUUAAAUAGUAUUACUUUCAGUUAUUUAUUUGAAGAUUAUAAAUCCAGAUUGGUUAUAUUAUAUUAUUGUACAUAUUUUAUUGUUGGUACUGCGCUUUUUGUUAAUUUUUUUCCAUUUACAUAAAAAAAGAAAUAUUCAGGAGAAAAUCAUGUAAAAACGCAUCAUUGAUUGACUAUAAAAAGUAUUAUGUGU